AUGGCACCUCCAAGUAGUCCAUUGGUCCUUUCACGGCCACCGCGUGCACCCAAUGCAGUUUCCCUUUCCAUCCAUGUCGACCAUGUUGAAAAAAGUGGAAUCCCUCGUGGACCAUCUUCCUGCCGGAGCACCCAUUUCUUGGAUGGAUUCAACGUUGACGACUGUUUGGACGUUCGCACCAUCCCGGAUCCUCCAACACCGCAACCAAGAAAGCGCCGAUUGAGUAUUCCAGUCAAUUUGCGAUCAUUGGAAGAUGUGACCAACAAUCCCAGUGCCAACAAAAGUUCCAAGCGAGAUGAUGGCGAGAAGAAGCGCAAAGCCCGCAAGAGUUUGUGUCAUGUUCCGUCACCUAUCGUUGUACAGCAAAAUCCUGUGAUUCCACCUUUGGUGCCACAUCGUUUGGAAGAAGGUCAACCUGAGUCUUCUGAAGCCGACGCACAAGAGAUGGUGAAUCAUCAUCAUCAUCAACCACCCACCUCUGCCAAGACUUCCAUUUGUUUCGAUGACGACGAGAAUGAGGACAAUGAUGGCACUGUCCAUCGACGCAUCUCCAGUUCCAGAAAUGGCUCUCGUCGUCGUAAGAAGCGCCAAAGCAUGAUAAUUCCAUCCGAGCUUAUAAUUCCUCCCCAGCCGUUGGACACUGCUCAAGCGGUGUUGCCAAAGGUUUCCCCUCCAUCUUCCGCCACAAUGAAGAAGAAAUUUGAAGGAUCUUUACAAGACAUGAAGAAUUUGCAAGCCCUGGUGCGGGGAUAUUGUGAUUUGCCUGUGGAAGACCGCGACAUUUCGGAUCAAGCACGAACCAUUCUCGAAUCUACUGGCUAUCCUCUGCACAAUAACGUCAAUCGUCCUGCUUCUCCUAUAAGCGACAAUGACAAGCCGAUUCGAAACCUUCGCCGUUCCAUUUUGCGCAAGAUUGCACCGGUCAUUCAAGACAUGGACAAGCGCAAGAUUCACGACACGAAAAUGCUCGAGGAUGCUACUGGAUGCCGGGUCGAGAAGGGGACUCGAUCUGGCAAGUACCGCUAUUAUUCGUUGGAAACCAGUAACAAAGUCCCACCGGCCGAAUACAAGGACCGAUACAUGGCCUUUAUCGAAAAUGGUGCUGGUAAUAGAGCGGCACAGGCCGAGGCUUGGAAGGAGAAGCUGAUUGAAAAUCAAGACGAAGAAGAAGUCGUCAUGGAAGAACAAGAGGAGGCGAUGAUCUCUACUGAAGUUGUAGAUCCAGACGCGAGUCGACAGUUAAAGACUGAGACUAAGUUGAGAGAAGAGAUCGCAAUGGAAGAGCCCGUCUCGCCUUUGUCUGACACUAGUGAAUCGAAGGUGCUGCAAGUCGAAUCGCCUCAGUUGGAUCUACAAGCUCAAGAAGAAAGUUCAAGAGCGGAGGCCCCCGUUGAAGAACAUGACAAGGAGUCAGAUCAUCAACAACAGCAAGAAGAAGGAGACGAAGACGACAAGAUGGAGUUGUGCAACAUGAGCGCAAGUCUGGAUAUGGGGGACAUUGAUGCUUUGCCGGUUGACUUGGAUGGGGGUUCCGAGACAGAAGCACAAGAAAAGAAGGAAGCUAAAGCUAAUGAGGCGCGUGUUGAUCCACAGAAUCAAGAGGAGGAAACACACGCUUCUCAAGAAAAUCAAUUACAGGUCGAAGAAAGGAACUCGCCACCAGUGGUUGCUCUCCCUUCUCGAGAACGUGGUCAAUCGAAUGACCCUGAGAUUGCCCGAGCCGAAAAGAGAUUAUGGAAACGCAUUGAUGAUGCUUUGCAUGACUAUUCCGAAGAGGUCAUGAAAAUUUUGCAAAAAAGAAAACGCCAAAAAACUAUGAAACAUGAAAAAUAG